UAGCUUGCUGCUGGUGCAGAGCCUAGCUAGGGGAGAGAAACCGUGGGAGAAGGUAGAACCCGUAUGAUAAAAAAAAGAAGUGAAGUUUAAGAUCGAUAAACAUCUGGUAACGCGGAAGAAAGAAACUGAACAGGUAUCACCAGCAACUUGGCAACAUCUUUUCUCUCCCCUGGCUCUCCAGUGUGUAAGGACGCCACCCACUAUUUAUAUCUUAAAGUCACCUAGUGCCUCUCUGCCCGAUAGACCAUUAUUUUCCCCUCCAUCCUCACCAGUGCAAAAAACAAUCCGAACACCAGCAAGACAGAAGAAACAAAACCCAACAUUGCUCUCAUCAAGUCAGUCCGUCAAAGACAGCUGUAAACAGCACUGAGCACCAUUAUGGCCUCCAUCACCCAGUCAUCCCAGCCUGAGAUACCAGACAACCACAAAGAGAGCUGGCUGGCGCUACUCUCUGCUGCGGAAACGUAUUGUCAAAAGUCAGGCUGCGACCUGGCCAUACUCACAGCCUGCAAGAAGUUCCGGUCGUCAGCCGGAGACGGAGAUGGUGCGAGCAAGCGGGAGAGCAGUAGUGCCUUUCCGAGGGAGUGUGAAUUCUCCUACAACGUGUGGGGUCAGGGGUUCCUGGCCGAGUCGGCGCGCCGCUACGUGGACGACAUCGGCGUGCUGCACACCACGACCAUGCUAACUGCCCAAAAGCACACACGCCAGGCUGGGGGGGAGGGAGGAACCAAGCUGGUGGUUGACCUGACCUCUGACCCCGGACACAGGGGGAGCUUUACAGGAGACGGCGGGGUGGGUGGAGUCAGUCCCAAUAGCAGACUGUACUCCCAAAGCUACCCGUCGAUCUACAGCUCAGGAGCGGUUACCGGGCAGGGCGUCGGGCAGAACGGUAAUGGAGAGAGGGAAAGGGAGAGCAGUGUUAUGGAGGCCGAACGAGGGAGACAGAGGUCUGGGAUUGUGGAUUUGGAAGAAGAGGGCGAAGAUGAGGAAGAGGAGGAGGAGGAGGACAUGGAUGAGAGGAGACCCUAUGGGAAUGAAAGUGCUGGUGUCUUCUCAAUGGACGAGGACUCUUUGUCUCGGGACUGCGAGCCGUUCUUUGAAUCCGAUGGGGAGGAGGAGAGCACUGAUGGCUCCUUGAGCGAGGACGCUCCUCCGCCGUCUCGCGGCAUGGCCAUGGGUCAGGCCUCGUACUCGUCCCGUCACGCCAACCCCAUGGCUCUGGCCCGCUCGCUGCCCGUAUCUGUGCCGGUGUGGGGCUGCAGAGGGAACCGAGCUGCUCAGGGGGACAGCAACAGCGGAGAGCGGGUGGGCUGUGCCGACCUGGAGCACAUCGCUGCCAGUAUGAAAGCCCUGCUGGCCCCCGGAGCCACUGACGGGACGGAAAUGUUCGGGGCCCUGCCUCGGCCCCGUCUCAACACAGGGGACUUCUCCCUCAAGCACUGAGAGAGAGUGAGGCGAGCAGAGAGAGAAAGAGAGAGAGAGAGAGAGAAAGGGAUAGAGGGAGCGAGUUAGAGUGACAAAGGAAACGUGGAGAGGUGUUGUCAUGUCAGGAGGGGACCCGGAGUGGUUGGCAGAUGUGACGUACAGUAUGUGAAACCGUGUAAAAGCUAGUACCUCCAUUUCUUUCUCACUAACCAAAAUUAACAGCACAUGCUUUGAGGAUUAACCGAAGAAGAAAUGUUGUUAUGAACACUAAUAACAUUUUCAACACUACCCCCCCCCCCUUUCCCCACCUCAUUGCUAAACAUUUCACCAUACUAGCGACUACACAUCCCCAAACACUACAUUAGGAUUGGACAAUCUGUUCCUUUUAAAAGGGGUAGAAAACCAGAGAAGUGGUUGAUUUAACAUGAAGCUUGUGGCUUUUCGAAAUGUGAGCGGAGGACACCAGCACCUCCUCGUAAAAUGCCUAUUUGUACUUUUACUUUUGCCAAUGAAUGACUGACUGAUGGAAUGAUUGUAAAUCAAUACGGGCUAAUAGGGGAAUUUUUUUUUUUUUUUUUUUUUUUUUUUUUUUUGCGCUCCCGAUUUUGUUGACGUUGAAAUGACUGAAUGAAUGAGAAAGCGAGUGUGUGUGUGCGGGUGGGACUGAGAGUGUGUGUGAGAGAGAG